GGGCGGUGGAGGCGGCGGACAUUUUGGCUCUGCUGUGGAAGGGAGAGCAGAGAGCGGCGAAGAGGGCGCCGGAGCAGGAGCGCCGGCCUCGCCUGGCCCCAGCGCCUCGACCGUCUCGCCCGCCUGCCUCUAAUCUGCCCCGUCAUGUCUGACACGCUUGGCGGCGGCGACGCCCGUUCUGACGAGACGGGCGAAGAGAAACAGGAUUUGCAGGAGAAGGAAGCGGUCAUCCCCGAGAGAGCGGAGGAGGCAAAACUCAAAGCCAAAUACCCAAGUUUAGGACUCCAGAAACCCGGCGGCUCCGACUUCCUAAUGAAAAGACUCCAGAAGGGGCAAAAGUACUUCGACUCCGGGGAUUACAACAUGGCGAAGGCCAAGAUCAAGAACAAGCAGCUGCCAACUGCAGGGACCGACAAGAACUUGGUGACGGGAGACCACAUCCCGACGCCGCAAGAUCUCCCGCAGAGGAAAUCCUCCCUCGUGACCAGCAAGCUGGCAGGGUAACCUGUGCUCCUCUGCCUCCCAAUGAGUUUUCUUCUUUUGGGGUUUUUUUGAUUUAUUUUUAUUAUGGUUUCUUUUUUCCCUUUUUUUCUUUUUCUUUUUUGUCAGAUGGAUUGAACUUUGCUUGUAUCAUAAGGCUGGGAUAAUGCAGGACUCGUUUUAGCCGUUGGAAAUAUUUAUACAAAUCCCAAACCAAGAGCCUGGCACAUGGACGUGGUUUAUUCUGAUCUGAUGUCCCUCCCCCCCCCCUCCGCCCUUCGUUCUCUUGAUGGGCACUGAAAACAGGUUCUUAAAUUUCGCUCACCUGCCAGGAUGAGUUAAGAACCUCACUUUCAAGUGGAAUGGGGUGUCCUGGUGGGCCAAAGCCAGAUAUUUCUAUAGCUGCUGUUGCUUGUUCCUGCGACGCUGCGGAAGGCCAUUGGAAUAGCACCAGCCCCAUCUGUGAGUUUCCCCCCACUGUGAACUCUGAAAGCGAGAUCCGGAACUGCCAGUGGCAUCAGAGAAACCCUAAGAGCAGGAUCAUAAUUAAGAAUAACACUAAGCGUUUCUAUAUAACAUGCCUGGGUGCACACAGCCAUUGUGGCAACAGCCCUAUGAAGGUAGUCCAGGGUGCUCGCCCCCACACGGCAGGUGGUGAGGCAGGGCCUUGCAGCUGAGAGAGACAAGCUUGCUUUAUGUCACUCUGAGAGCUCUUUACAGGGGUGAGAUUAGAACUGGGGGCUGCUUGAGACAUGGCACACUUUCUUGAGCCUCAUCACUAUGCCAGCUCUCGCAAGGAGAGCCCUGCUGGUAUUUAGAUCACGGAUUCAUCUAGUUCCGCAUGUUGUUUCCCUCUGGGGUCUAAAGCAUCAUGGCUCCAGAGUUUUGAGCCCAACACCUGGCACAUACGAGGGUGCCAUUCAGCAUCCAUCCUAGCAGCAGCUGAUGGGAAUUGUAGUCCAAGACAUCUAGAAAGGGCCCCUGGUUGGGGAAAGGCUGGCCCGAGCAGGAUUUUUUGUUUCGUUUUAACAUCUUCUAAGCUAGGAUGGCAAAAGCUUGAUGGGCUUUGGUCCGUGACCAUGUGGGUGAGCUAGGCUGCUCAAAGUCUCCACGCAGCGGGUUUUGGUGGCCGCUGUGUCUCCUUGGCAAACUGAGGAGGGGCAGGAGGCAAGCAUCUACGCAUGGAGCUCUACCUCCCACCCCAAAGGCCGCCUGAGCCGACUUUUGGCCCAAUGUGGCUCUUAAGGGGUAGACGGUCCGUUAUCAACUUACAGAGGAUCCGGGGUGCUGUGUUUGUUUCAAAGCAGAGUUUUGGAAAGCUUUUUUGUCAGACCAACUUUAGGCAGGUAUAAAGAAUGUGGAGAGUUUUAAAUUUGAGACAGCUCUUCAGCAAACAGGCAGGCCGCCACUGUUGCACCAGUCGGCAUCUAGUUUUUCCUCGAGGACCCUUUGACAGAGUGGCGGCAGGUGGCUCAAAGUCCCAGCAUCCCACUCCCCAAAUGGCUGUGUUUCCCUCGUGGAUUUUUAAAAACCACAACAUGAAAUUCUGUGCCAAUGGAAGCAGAGGGUCGGUUAUCUGGAUCAGUCGAGGAAAUUGUAGGGACCACAGAGAUGUUUGCUGCUUCAGUCCUGAUUAUUGGGAAGGGGAGAUCUCAACCGAUCCGGCAGCACUCGGCUUCUGACAUUGCAUUAAAAUAUAUCGCCCAUGUCCUUUGGAGGCUUAAGGACUAGGACCUUGGCUUAGUUUGUAAACGGUGCUGAAAUCCUUGAUCCUACAGAGUUUCACCUCCAUCGCUGCCCUCUACCAAACUGCAAGGUGUUCUGUUCACGGGGUGUGAUGCUGCCUUUUUUGGAAAUGACCCUGAUUACAAUGUUGUUCUUGACAACUUUUAACUCCCUCCCCUGCCCCCAAAAAAGCGUUUAGAAAAUGGACACAAAUCCAUCCCCAAUGCAGUCGGUGAGCAUAAAUAAAAUCACUUUUAUGCCUAAGGAAAGCAGGUCGGAUUUCUAUUUGAGAAAAAAUAAUUGGUAAGAGAAUCAUGAUCACUAUAAUGGAAAUCUUUUAGCUUUGAAUUCGAGCAUCUGGGUCUCAGGUGGCAAAUUUGAGGGUUUUAUUUGGCAGUGGCCACAGACAUCCAUAUACCUUGAUGCUCAGCUCUGUUUGAACCUCCCAGGGUCUCAUUGUGUGAGAAACAGUUUCCUUAAAAAAUACUGAGCUGAGUUCUGCCACUCAGCACCUCCAAUCCCUUGACUCACCCCACCCCCAAAAAAAUUAAUUGGAUUUUCAAAUUAACAAAAUUCAGUGCCUUAAGAAGUGGGAUGAGCUAUGGCCAAGUUAGCUUGACCUUAAGAGUUGGCUCAGCUUCUGGCAGACUUCAAAAUGAAAUUUCUCAUCCGUUAGUUGAUUUUCCACUGUCACCCACUCUAAAUCUCUGGUUCCCCACCCCCCACCCCAAAAAUUAGGAUUUUAUUGCCUCUUCGUGUUCAGGACAUCCUUUGCCAAAUAGGCCUUCCAGAUACAUCAGGCUACAAAUCCCAUCAGCCCCAGCCAGCACAGCCUCAUGGGAGUUGUAGUCCAAAACAGCCAGAGAGCAGCAGGUUGAGGACAGCUGGGUCAGGGAAACCAAUCCUGUAGCAAGGAGCAAGUUCUUCCCAAUGGCUGUCCUUGAGGCUUCUUGAAUAAUACUGCACACAGCAAUAGGCAGAGCUGACCUUCUGCUCUAAAAGAAAAAAAAAGCACAAAAUAUUAAUUUGCUGCUGCUGAAAAGAUUUAAAAACAAAAUCUAACAUCUUGCUUCUCCCCCACCCACCCGUGUGGGUCCUCACAGCCUACAACAGAGUUUAUAAUAAUUAAUUUGGCCCCGUUUGUUACUCACAGGGCUGUGAGGGCGAAUGAGAAAGUAAAAAAUGGCAGCAGGGGGAAUCUCAGUCUUAGCUACUGUCCUGGGCUUUGCCUUUCAAUGACACCCGAGAAAGUUCUCUGCAAACAGUUUCCAUAGAAUGAGACCCCCACCUGUUAAAUGUUCUGCCUUCUCGAAUUGACAGCUCUUUUGUGGGCAGUGUUGCAAGAAAAACGCAGCAGAGUGUUUGUGUGAAGCCUCUUCCCCCUGUGACUUCUGGCAAUCUCGUCCAGCCUCAUCUCUUAGCUUGAGGGAUUUCACCAAGCGUUCCUUGCUAAUAAUGCGGAUCCUGUGGUCUUAAAAGGCUAGAAACUCUGGGAAAGCUGAAAGUCCCUGGAGGCCCUGCUCUGCUGCCAGCGCCUGUAAUCCACGGCGCCCUGCAUGUCCUCUGCUUGCAACGAGAUCCCAAAACCUCUGCAAGCCUACAUUUUUAUUUUAUUUUUACCAAGGUGCAUCUCCUGGAGAAAACACAUCCCACUCCCAUUUCCCUGCCCCCAGGAGGUUUCUCCCUGCACUUCUGACACAGGAAUGUCCCACUCCCAUCUUUGUCGCCCUCUGCCUCUGUCAUUCUGGGCUGUGGGUUUAACUGAGAAGCGAAUUUGGGGCUGUCAGAUGGGUUGGACUCAUAGCUGCCAAGUUUUCCCUUUUCUCACGAGGAAGCCUAUUCAGCAUAAGGGAAAAUCCCUUAAAAAAAGGGAUAACUUGGCAGCUAUGGUUGGACUAAGGACAAUGGGAGAAAAGGGCAAUGUACAAUUUCUGAAGAUGGAUGGCUUCACCUAUUUUUAUUUUUUAAAAUUGAGCGGUGGCCAUCCAAAGUGUCUGUCUGUGUGUAUCUUUCCAAGAGGAGCUGGCAUGUCGAGGUGGCGGAGCCUGGGCAAAAGAUCUGAUGAAUGAUCUGACCGGUUGGACCUCCAAUUUCCUCUCACUGUCCUGCCAAUUGAUGCUUCAGGGUUACAAGCCCAGCGGGGAAAACAAAGCCCACCUUGAUUUGAGGGCAGUCGACACCAGCUCAAAAUUGUCACAAUUGUCGGAUGAGUGCAAAAAAGGGGCCAUCAGCAAGACUUCACUGGCUCGAAAGCCUAUGGAGGGGGGUGUAUACCUUGGCACAAGCUGGACAGUGAGGAUGGAGGACUCUCAGGAGUGAGUUAGCCUCCGUGUCCAGGUAUCACUGUAGCCGCUGCCCCUUCCUUUCUGCUGCCCACUAUGCCCACUCCCUGGGUGGGACUGAAAUGGCAGGACUUUAUAGAGCGGGUUGUGCUUGGCGGUAGGCUGUAUUUGGAGGCAGACUGUUUCCUUCUCUUCUGCCCUUUCAAAAAAACUUCUCCCCUCAAAGUUCACUUCCAUUUCUACCAGAUGAACCCGUACAGCAGGGGUGAUGUAACACCCUCUUUGGGGGCUCGGGGGCUAUUUGAGAGCUGUCUGGGGGCUACAGGCCAGUGGCGAUGGAAGGGCAUGUGGCCAAUACCACUCCAGAGCAUCUUUGCAAACAGGCAGCUGCGGUCAAUUGAGCUGGGGGCUGGCUGUCCAAAUCUGGCUCGUGGGACAUCUCUGGCCUGCAGGCUGACAGUUCACCACAUGGAUAUAUUUCAAGCCUCCUGUUCGUUCCUAUACUUCCCCCCCCCUUCCCAGCCAUACUGUAAAUAGAUGUGAAUCAUAUAUAUAUAUAACACAUACAUAUAUAUAUAUAUAUAAUUUUUUUACAUCAUCUUCAUCUCUAUCUUCUGGUGUUUGCUUUUUUCUAAAAAAAUAAAAAUAAAAAAUAGGCAAAAAGACACAUUCUAAAAAAAAACACAAAAAGCGCACCAACCCACAUCUAUAGCACAUCACUGGCCCGCCUGUCAGCCGUUCCACUGAGGCCUCGGGUGAAGCCAAGAUUUUGGAGUUUUGAAGCUGCUGUUGCUGCUGCUGCUGCUGCUGCUGCUUAUAGCAGUGGGGGAGGUGAUGGGGAGGGGGAUGUUGGCACCCUCCUUUCGUCUGGGUCCUGUUGGGCAAUUCCAGAUGACUAUGUUGUUGUUGAUGUAGAAAGAGGAAGGAAGGGAGAGUUGGGUGCGAAAGAAUUAAAGAGAAAAUGUGUGGAAAUAAAGUAAUCCUUGUCUCGA